GUUCCAAAUGCCACUCUUGUGUUGCUCAGUUGGUAAUAAUAGUAGAUUUAAAAUAUUUCUAUUUGCUAAAUAAUUAGGUAAGAUUAUGUGAAGCUUUUUUAGCAUGUUUAGUUACAAGAGUUAACUUUGUUAAGAAAUUUGAAUAUAGGGUGAUAGAGCUCUUCCCUCAAAUUUUGUUUCAACUCAUGGGGAAGGAUUCGGGCCAAUAUUCUAUGUCAUUGACGAGUUAGAUAAUUGUUUAUCCUUGGAGGUGAUCAAAAAGAAUGAUCAGUUGCUGAUAACUGAGUACUCAUUUGAAAUGAUUAGAACUUUCUAUCUUAUCGAUAGACCGGCAUGUGUUCAAUUUAGGUACGUUGGUUUUGGAAUUUUUUUUAUUUCAUUGUUUGAUAAAGACAACCAACCGAUCCAAGUUCACCUUGAUCCUAAUUGCUAUGUUCCUGAGCUAAUGGACCCAGAGACACUUGAUAAUGUGUCAAGAGUCUUCCACAUAAAGUAUACCAGGAUGGAAGAAGACUCAUCGGCUGAUGUCAUUGUUCUGUCUGGGUCUGAACCAUCGGAUGAACAGUUUUCAUCGGAUGGUGAUGAAGACAAUGAUCAAGAUGGGUCACUGGUUGGGGAUAAUCCACAUAAUCCCAUAAAUUUGUCUAGUGGCAGCAGUUUAUCAUUGGAAGUUGAUGAACACAUUAAUGUGUCAAACGAAUUGCCUGAUCAUAGAUAUGCUCCAGAGGUUUCUUAUGAAAAGAAGAUCACAGCUUGGGAUGUUGGACAGUCUAGAUUGUAUUUGGCUUCGAAAUUUGCUGUGUAUCUUAAACCAUCUGGAGAUGGUUCGAUUUGGACGAUCAUUGGUCCAGAUUCCAAUGUUGAGAAGAAUGAGUUUUUUUUUUCAGUUACUGAAGAGUCGAGGAAGACGUACAGAAUGGAAAUUUGGGGUCGGGUGGAGUGAAUGUUGUAGAACAUAUAAUUUAAAGGAGGGUGAUACCAUCACUUUGAAACUUAGCUCGAUAGCUAACCGCCAGAUAGAGUUAUCGAUUCAGCGUUGUUAGGCCUCCUAUGUAUAACUCUAUUUGAUGGAUAUUGUAAAUUAUAUGUUAAGUUGUCUUGAAGAUAUUUUAUUUUUUGUUUAAUGAACAAAUUUAUAUAUGUUGUAUAUAUUUUGUUUUGGUAAUAGUAAG